AUGAGUGCUGGUCAGAGUCAAACAACACUGAGGUCCAAACUGGAGGCCCUGCAGUGUCAUUUUACCUGGAUUCUGGAGCCCAGCAAGAUCAACCUUGUACUUCACCGCGACAAGCUGGUGGACAUCGGCACGGAGGAUGGAAACAGCUGGCUGGGUCACAUCUACAACCUGAGGGGCUUCAUUCAGUGCAAGCUGGGCUCCACCGAAGACGCCCUGAGUUUCUUCCUCCAGGCUGCAGAGGCCUUCGGCCAGAUGAGAAGGGCAGGUGAAGGUCCCUGGUUGGUGGUGAAUUACGGGAACCUGGCUUGGCUGCACCACCUCCUGGGAGACCAAGCAGAGAGCGAGGCUUACCUUUCAAAGGUUGACGCCCUAAAGAAGAAAUACCCAACUCCAUCAGAGGACGAGCUCCAUGCAGAGCUCUACGCUGAAAAAGCCUGGACCCUGAUGAUCCUCGACAUAGAACGAGAGCUGGUGUCAGAUUACUUCCAGAAAGCCAUCAAGAUGCAGCCAGACAUGGUGGAGUGGAACACCAGUCACGUCAUCGGGUUAGCGAGUAAUUUUGUUAGCCCAGAGAUGGAGGCUGACAUCUUGGAUAAAAUGCGAGACGCCAAGGAACAGGAUCCAGAGAACUUGUACCUCGCUGCUUACGACAUUCAGAUACGUGCAACGAAGAGGCAAGACGUUGCAGACGAAGCACGUGAGUUAGCCGAAAGGGUUUCAAUAAACCCCGUCAGCAGCUACAGUGAGAUGAGAGCAAUACUUAGGGUUUACAGAACCUGUAGAUUGAUUGAUGAGGCCAUUCUUUUGGCAGCAAAGGCGGUGGAAAACAAUCCAGAUCAGCGUUAUCUCAAGAAAUUUGCUGCACUAACUCUCAAAUGGAAGAUUGUUUUUUUCAGCGACAGUGGCGUCGAUGAGCGCAUGGUUGACAAAGCAGUCAUUCUCCACAAGGAGGUGAUUUCUCUUUACCCUGAUUCUGCACUUGUGGAGGAAAUGGACCUCGCAAAUAUAUAUUCAAAGUCCAAUCGCAGACAGGAUGAAGCCAAACAUUUGUUCCAACAACUGCUAGAAAGGAAGCUGGAACCUGCAGAGAAACAGGUGCUUUACAACCACUACGCUAAACAUCUUUUCUUUGAUCUGAAAGAUUACAACAAGUCAAUAGAAUAUAACAUGAAGGCAGCAAAGAUACCGAUUAAUUCCUUCUAUCGUGAGAGCAGCAUUAAAGCUCUGGUGAAGAUUAAAAAUAAAGGCAGGAACACAAAGUGCAGAGAAAUAGAGGAGUUUCUGGAAAACCUGCAAGAGGCUGUGUAAAUUCUUUUUUUUCGUGGAAGGAGGUCAAAGCAACAUGAGAAUUUGGUUGAACAGAGUAAUAUAAUUUGUACACAUGACAAUAAAGAUCUUCAAUCAAUUAAA